AGAGGUGUGAGGGAGCAGCGCCCACUCGAGUCCCUCCAUCAGUGCUCCCUGUGACAUCCCAGCAAAAGCCGGGUAGUUUAUUCAUGCAAACACACUUCAGUUCAAGUGCCGAGUGCUAAUAAUUGAGAGUGACUGCCUGGAGUGCAGCUAGGAAGAUUCUAGGCAACGUUUGGGCUCAAUGGGAGGGAACGCUACAGCUGGUAACUGAUGUCCGCAUUGGAUUUGGGGUGGAAGCGUCAUGUGUGCGGUUUAUUGGCCAUCCCCGUCCAGUGGACCAGGCCCUAAGCAGUAAGUCAGGGGCCUGCCACUGAUCCUCUGUGCCUCUUGAUACCACACCUGACUCUUGGGCAUCAGUGAGUCUCUCUAAAGUAGCAAGACGGGAGAACCAAAUGAGGUAAUUAAGACAAGUGCCUGAAGGAAAACACAGACAGACACAUGCAUACCCCAGCACUGCUCACCAAAGGCACGUAUUUCUUGUCCAGUGUCACCAACCUGGACCCUUUUGGAAGUUCCUCCGGAGCCCCAGGCCUAUUUUUAUUCCCGCUGUGCUUGUAGUGGUCCUGGUCCCUGUCCCUUAGAGUCCUCAGUCACCUUCAGAUGCAGGUGCCCGAGUGUUUAAGUGUGGCUGAGCAGUCCCCCCCACCUGCCAGGAACCAGCCUCCUCACUAGGUCUCGGGGGCUGGCACAGCUGAGGGUUCAGUGUCCUCUGAGACGCCACAUUUCUUGUAGGCUGUAAGACACCUCUGCAGUCCUUCCUGGGAAUUGCCGAGCAGCAUGGGGGCCCCCAAAAUGGGACCCUGAUCACUCAGACUCUGAGCCAAGCCAACCCCACUGCCAUCACUGCAGAAGAGUACUUCAACCCCAACUUUGAGCUUGGCAACCGGGACAUGGGCCGCCCCAUGGAACUCACCACCAAGACACAGAAGUUCAAGGCCAAGCUGUGGCUGUGUGAGGAGCAUCCCCUGUCCCUGUGUGAGCAGGUGGCCCCCAUCAUUGACCUCAUGGCUGUCAGCAAUGCGCUUUUCGCCAAGCUCCGGGAUUUCAUUACCCUACGCCUGCCGCCUGGUUUCCCGGUCAAGAUUGAAAUCCCAAUCUUCCACAUCCUUAACGCUCGCAUCACCUUCGGGAACCUCAAUGGCUGCGAUGAGCCGGUGCCGUCGGUGCGAGGCAGCCCCAGCAGCGAGACCCCGUCCCCAGGCAGCGACUCCUCCAGCGUCAGCAGCUCCAGUUCCACCACCUCGUGCCGCGGCUGCGAGAUCUCCCCCGCGUUGUUCGAGGCCCCGCGCGGCUACAGUGUGCUGGGCGGCCAGCGGGAGGCGGCGGCCCGCGACGACGACGACGACCUGCUGCAGUUCGCCAUCCAGCAGAGCCUGCUUGAGGCGGGCAGUGAGUAUGACCAGGAGCGCCCCGCCCACGCCGCAGCGCCAGCCCGCGCCCCCCGCGGCCCUGGCGUCGGUGCCCAGCCCUCGGCCCAGCCCGCGCCCGGGCGGCCACGUGUUCCGGAGCUACGACGAGCAGCUGCGGCUGGCCAUGGAGCUGUCGGCGCAGGAGCAGGAGGAGCGGCGGCGGCGCGCGCGCCAGGAGGAGGAGGAGCUGGAGCGCAUCCUGCGGCUCUCGCUGACCGAGCAGUAGCGCCCGCGGCCGGACCCCUGGGCCCCGCCCCGCCCGCCCCGCCCCGGAGCCAGACUCGCUCGGGCCCGCGUGCCCGCCGCGCGCGGCCGGGAGACUGGAGCCGCCGCCUCGGGGCCCUCGGGGCCGGAGAGGAGCCCCUGGCACCAGCCGGGGAGGGGGGCGGCGCGGCCGCGGGGUACCUGUCCCGGCCAGGGCCCCGGAGGCAGCCCGCACGGCCCGGGCCCCCCUGCUUUGCUGUAUCCUGACGCCCACCACUAUCCUGGGCUCAGACUUGUCCGAGGGGGCCAGGCCGUCCUGAGGGGGAGCCGGGUCCUUAGAGGAGCAGUGUCCCCCAUCCCUCGCUCCUUCUGGCCGGUCCUCCUCUUCUGCUCACAGAACCCACUGUAGGACACUGUCCGUGAAGCCUUUGCAUCUCCGCUCUUCACCCCAGGGGGGCAGCUGAGCUCCCCACGUGCUGUGUUGCUGCUUUGUCCCAGACACAAACCAGCACGUCGAGGGCCCAGCUCCUCCUUCACCCCGGCAUUUCAGCGUCAAGUGCACUUAGCGGGGUGCCCGGCUUCCCCAGCCCCCCACACCCCUCCCGGGUCUCAGGGUGGUCCCAGUUUCUCCUUGGGCGGCCAGAGGUUGGAGUCCCCAUCCCCACGGCACACUUUUGUGAUCAGGGAGGGUGUCCAAGGUGCCCCCCCCGCCCCUCCCCCCCCUGGCCUGGGCAAGGCCUGAUUCCUUCAUGAUGUCUUGGCAAAUGGGGGACAAUAUUUGGGCUGGGGGCGAACACUAGACCCUGCACCCUGGCCCCGCUUAUGGGCAGGUGCACCCUGGAGCCCUCUCACCGGCUCAGGGCCCUGGCGCCACCACCCACCCCUUCCCACCAGCUGCUGCUAGCCCUCUGUGGUCGUGUGUCCCACCUGCCCCCAGCCAGGGGCUGACUCUAAAACCCUUCAUCCAAUGGUGCUAACCCCCGGCUCUCCCCUGCCCCACCCCCCCCACCCAGAGAAGCACAGACCCCGCUAGGGGCAGGGGCCCACCGCACACCCUUGUCCGCCUUCUCUCAGGCUGGCCUUCCUGGCUCAGCCGGUGAGGCUCAGCAGGGACACAAAAGGGAUGGAAGAAAAGAACAAAGAGAAACUGUUCCUCUCACCUCCUUCCCUGAUGCCAGGGGCACCGGACUGACUCUGAGGCACAAAUAAAAGAGGCUUCAAACCCGA